AUGAAGGUAACGAUAUCGCUUUCUUGUUCGUCGAUUCAAUUCAUCUAUGCUUGUUGUGUAUUUGCUGAUGAUGGUGAGAGUUGUGAUGUGGUCGGUGGGUUUGGAUUUUCGCAGUUCUUCAGUUGGGUGCAGAACAAGCUAAAUGGGAAACCGGGACACGGGCAGUUUGGUCCUGCAGCUUCAUCCUCUAACUAUCGUCACACGAAACAAGAAUCUAGAGAGGAAUUCAGCGACUGGCCAAAUGGGUUGCUCGCGAUUGGGACUUUCGGAAAUAGUGAUUUGGGAGAGACCCAGAAUCAGGAAACCCAGCAACACCAGGAAGAGCCAUCAUCAUCUCCCGAUCUCUCCGAUUUCACCCCCGAGGAGGUCGGGAAAUUGCAGAAAGCGCUCACGAAGCUCUUGACCCGAAAAUCCUCAUUGAAAACAGAGAAGGAGCCCACUGAUCUUCCGCUGGACAGGUUUCUAAACUGCCCGUCGAGCUUAGAGGUCGAUCGGCGGAUCAGCAGCUCAAUUGCAACUGAUUUAGAUGACAGAGAUGAGGAGAUUGAACGGACUAUUAGCGUUAUAAUUCAUAAAUGUAAGGAGAUUUGCACGGAUAAUAGCAAGAAAGCUAUUGGGAAGAAGUCCGUAUCUUUCCUUCUCAAAAAAAUGUUUGUUUGCCAUAGCGGGUUCGCACCCACACCAAGCUUGAGAGACACGCUCCAAGAAUCUCGCAUGGAAAAGCUUCUGAGGACAAUGCUUCGCAAGAAGAUCUACCCGCGGAACUCUUCACGGGCAUCAUCCGUUAAAAAGUACAUAGAGGACAGGCCUGCUCCGAAAGCAGAUAAAGACGAUGAGAAGAAGGAAAAGAUCAGUGAUGAUGGAUCUAAAUGGGUUAGGACAGAUUCUGACUAUAUUGUCCUGGAGAUAUGAUCGGCUGGUUCAAGGCGCCGUCUGCAAUAUGAACAUAAUUCUAAACGAUUCAGAAGUCAAUCAAAACGCUGAGACUCGUACAGCUGGGAAACUGAAGCAUUUAAAAGCAUCAAUAAGUCCGGAAAUUGGUUGUGGCCCCAACAUACCAAAUGAUCGAGAUCACGAUAAGACUUUUUCUAACGGGAUUCCGUUUUUUUUCAUGGUUGCAUUGUAUCUGUUUAAUUCAGUGCAGCACAUGGUAAUGGGCAAAAAAGAAUCACCCGGUCCAUGGAUUUGUGCAGUCUUUGCUGCACAAGUUAGAAGAGAUUUACAUUUUUCAUCUCAUAUAUAUAAUUUUCUGCACUCUUCUACUUUUUGGGGCUGAGUUUAACCCUUUUUCAUCAUGUAGUUUAUGAGAGAUUAAUAAUUAAAGCAUGUCAUUCGCUGCACAUCAGCUUUGAUAUCUCGUGUGGGUUCAACUUUUCGAAAGGGUAGAUCAACUCAUCGGAAGGAUCAAGGAGCAGAACUCCAUAAAACGAGUGACAAUUCCGUAUUUUGUAAUACGCAAAAGAUAGAUCUUCCCACGAUUGGGAGUGGAUUCCACGCGGUAUCGCUGCAGGGAUGGAUGACAUGAUUGCGCCGGCCUUGUAUUCAACUCGCAUUAUCAAUCUUGCAUCUGCAAUCGAGCAACGCCAUUGCUGUAAUGGUGCACUGGCCCUGCUCGAAUGCUCAUGCAAGUGCGAUAACACCUUCACCUGGAAUGAGAUAAGCCCUUAGCUGGCCGAUGGAGGUCGGCUUGACCAUGGUUCGGCUAUUGAGCUGCCAGCCCUCGUCUUGACCAUCAAGAGACUGGACGGACUCCUAGUGAUCCAAAAGAGGAAGGCAUUGCCUCGCUCAGGCUUUUCAAGGACAAGACCAGAGUCACCGGACAUUAGUCGACAUGGGCCUUGGCGACCAAAAUAAGGUUAGCCUAAUGACCUCAACCAGGCCCCUGGAGGACCGAUGUAG